AUGCCGAUCAAAUCAUCCCACCGUUUAAACGGUUACAGCAGUCGGGAGUGUGACAACGAGGAGACAGUGUCAUGUAAAGAAGAGGAAGAAGAUGAAGAAGAAGAGGAGGAAGAAGAUGACGAGGAAGACGAUGAAGACGACGUUUCCGAAAGGGAGUACUUUGAAAAAUUGCACAAUCUAACUAACCAACUGAGGCAACUCAACGAGGGCGUGCAUCCAGAGUUGUGCAAGGCUUCUAAGAGGGCAGAGAACUGGCUUUCGGAUCAGCGACUGCGAAUUCAGAUCCUCCACGAACACAAGAUUGACGAAGUACACUGUCAGUAUGAACGCGAGAUCAAGGUGUGCGAACAGGACUGUGCGACCGAAAAACGCCGUAUCCGCGAGUACCUGAUGUCUCUUUGCGAGGAUCUGAAGAAACGCCUUGAACACGAUAAGAAGAGCAUUGAGUUGACACCUACAGGUGGUACGUUGUCCGACCGUCCCUCGUCUGACUUGCUUUUUUUCUUACUCACAUGA